CUGUGCGUAACGUGUGUCGGCUAUGCAGACCCAGAACCGACAGCGUCCCGGUGAUCUCAUCGGUUAACGGACUAAAGAAAGGAUGAGGGCGUGAGAAAACACCUUAUCGUUACCGAAUACCGUGACGGAAGUGUAAUGAAACAGUGAAGAUAUCUUGUCGCUCUCGCCAUGCGGAUGGCGCGUUAGGUAAAACUGUAAGCUAAUGUAUGUCCGGUCAGCUGUUUUUAUUCACCGAGAGACAGCAGCAUCACUGGGACGUGUGCACAGACGAGCCUAUACCAGCGAUCCGGACCACCACAAACGGGCAGGACUAACGGAGAGGAGGACGCAGAGAGAUAGAAUAAAACAGUGUGAGAGAGCGAUGGAGUUUAAGCAGCUGGUGGAGGUGGCGGAGAAGUGGUGUUCGUCGGUUCCGUUCGAUCUGAUCUUCGCGGAGGAGGAUGAUGAGAGAAGACUGGACUUCUACGCAGAACCGGGAAUCUCUUUCUAUGUCCUUUGUCCGGAUAAUAUGACGGGAGGGAUUGAGCAUUUCCAUGUAUGGAGUGAGAGUGAGGACUGCCUGCCAUUCCUCCAGGUAGCUCAGGACUACAUCACUUCCUGUGGAAAGAAAACACUUCUAGAGGUCCUGGACAAAGUGUUCACUUCCUUUAGACCUUUGCUGGGUCUACCAGACAUAGAUGAUGAGACGUUUGAGCAGUACCAUGCAGGCAUGGAGGAGGAACCAGAGGCAGACCACCAGCAAAUGGGAGUCAGCCAGCAGUGAUGCCCACAGAUGAGGUGUCCAGUAGGGCUACAAUAACUACCCAUUCCCUGGUCUCAUCACCUACAACAACACACAGUCCCAGUUUUCAAAAGCUUUGCUCCCCAGAUUGUGCACUCCCUUCCUCCCUCCCACACACACACACACACACACACACACUAGAGGUCGACCGAUUAAUCGGAAUGGCCAAUUAAUUAGGGCCGAUUUCAAGUUUUCAUAACAAUCGGAAAUCGGUAUUUUUGGGCCCCGAUUUGCCCCCCAGCCAGGCCACCAGGACCUACAGAGAACUGUCAGUGCCAACCAUGUAACACCGUACUGUAACACCGUACCGUAACCAUCCACUGUACCACACAAUGUUAACCAGCACAUUGCUGUGUCCUUGUAACAAUGUCAGCGGUGAAAGUAGAGGGAGGAAUAGAACAGAAUUGUAAUCCUACGGUAGAAACUGUUCCAUGUGUACUGCUGUGAGGUCGGCCAAAUGCUGCUCUAUCUAUGUGUGUGUGUGUGUGUGUGUGUGUGUGUGUGUGUGUGUGUGUGUGUGUGUGUGUGUGUGUGUGUGUGUGUGUGUGUGUGUGUGUGUGUGUGUGUGUGUGUGUGUGUGUGUGUGUGUGUGUGGCACCACCAUCAGUGCACUGCUUUGCUUUUACUUUCCCCUCGGCCCUGAACGAGUAGGAUGAAGUUAAGUUGUGAUCACAGGGGCAAGGUAAACAGAUCCUGGAUCUGUCUCUACAGGCAACGUCUGUCUACCUGCAGUAACAUUCUUCCACCACACCGAACCACACAUGUAUCUACAGAGCCUUCAGAAUGUACUCACACAGCCUUGACUUAUUCCACAUUUUGUUGUGUUACAGACUGAAUUUCACAAUGGAUUAAAUACACUGUCCAAAGUGUAAUUAAUAAUGUCACCAUGUUCAAAGGGAUAUUCAUUGUCUGUUUAUUCACCCCAUCUACCAAUAGCUGCCCUUCUUUGUGAAACAUUGGAAAACCUCUCCAUGGUGUUUGUGGUCUAAUCUGUGUUUGAUAUUCACUGCUCGACUGACGGACCUUACAGAUAACUAACUGUAUGUGUGGGGUACAGGGAUGAGGUAGUCAUUCAAAAAAUCACGUUAAACACUAUUAUUGCACACAGAAUUAGUUCCUUUUUUAAAAAUUAAUUAGCAAAAAUGUCUAAAAACAUUAUUCCACUUUAACAUUAUGGGGCGUUUGGUGAAGGACAGUGACACAACAUCUCAAUGUGAUUUAAAACUCUGGACCUUGAAGCCAGUCCCACUGCAUUGUUCAGUGUUCGUCUCUAAUCAGGGACUGGUUUAGACCUGGGACACCAGGUGGGCGAUUCCCCUCUCAUCAGGGACUGGUUUAGACCUGGGACACCAGGUGGGUGAUUACCCUCUAAUCAGGGACUGGUUUAGACCUGGGACACCAGGUGGGCGAUUACCCUCUAAUCAGGGACUGGUUUAGACCUGGGACACCAGGUGGGUGAUUCCCCUCUAAUCAGGGACUGGUUUAGGCCUGGGACACCAGGUGGGCGAUUCCCCUCUAAUCAGGGACUGGUUUAGACCUGGGACACCAGGUGGGCGAUUCCCCUCUAAUCAGGGACUGGUUUAGACCUGGGACACCAGGUGGGUGAUUCCCCUCUAAUCAGGGACUGGUUUAGACCUGGGACACCAGGUGGGUGAUUCCCCUCUAAUCAGGGACUGGUUUAGACCUGGGACACCAGGUGGGUGAUUCCCCUCUAAUCGGGGACUGAAUUAGACCUGGGACACCAGGUGGGCGAUUCCCCUCUCAUCAGGGACUGGUUUAGACCUGGGACACCAGGUGGGUGAUUCCCCUCUAAUCAGGGACUGGUUUAGACCUGGGACACCAGGUGGGUGUAAUUAAUUAUCUGUAGAACAGAAACCCAGCAGGCUUCGGACCUCGUAGGGUAAGAAUUGAAUAGCCCUGCUGUAACAACAACAUGUGGAGUAUUUCAAGGGGUAUGGAUACAGUGCUUUCUCCUCUAAAGGCAUCUAUGUAUCUCUGAACAUGGCAACUAUAAUACAUUUAACUUGCUCUCUGAAUAGUUUAAAGUCUUUACUUUGUCCUAUAAACAUGUCUCUUGAUUUGUAUUUAAAUUAUUUAAUACUUUUUUUUGUUCAAGCUAAUCUAAUGUGUGUUUUCUGUUUGACCUCCAGUGUGUAUUGAAGAUAUUCAAUAAAACUGUUGGAGGAA